CACCUGUCAAAACGUAGCAACAGUAAUAAAUCUAUAGUCAAUAUAAAGUAAUUGUGGGAAUUAUAAUUGAUAACCGAGUGAAACAAUGUCGAUGGAAAUAGUGCCGUUCGUCGAAUAUCCGUGUGAUCGCCUAUAAUGAAGGAGCAGAAAGAGAGUGGCACAGUGGGACUCUGAACACGGACGAUAAAUGUCGAAGAAAGCGGAAGGGCCAUCGUCGCCGCGACAGUUCUUCGCUAGGAUCUACGGACACCUCGAAACUGCGAAAAAGGACAAGGAUAGACCGGAGUCUCCGAAGCACGACUCAAACGUUCGCUCCGACGUCUUCGUCUGCGACAAUAAUAACACGUUGGACGCCGAAGAGAUCUCGAGGAUCAAUGAACGGAACGUUGCUCGUUCAAGGGUGACACCUUUCGUGCAAGAACAGCGGCAGAAAGAUCGCGAAUCGGUUGGCGAUCCUUCGUACUCGUUCCCAGUGAUACCGCCGCAUCUGCGCGCCCUUACGUACUCGCUGCCGAGCUCGGAUCACCACUUCCAGGGAUUCUCGGCUUUCCUGGCUAGGAAAAGGAGAAAAGAGGGGCGGCCCAGGAGACAGCGAACCACUUUCAGUGGCGAACAGACUCUGAGAUUAGAAGUCGAAUAUCGGAAAGGGGAAUACAUUUCCAGAGGCCGAAGAUUCGAAUUGGCCUCGUCUUUGAGACUGACGGAGACACAGAUCAAGAUCUGGUUUCAGAAUCGACGGGCGAAGGACAAGAGGAUCGAGAAGGCGCAGCUGGAUCAGUAUUACAGGAACUUUGCGAUCACCAGUGGAAUGAUAAACUUGAUAAAUCCAAAUCACAGUGGAAGCUCCGGAUUUUGCGAGUUGUGCUUCUACAAAAAGAUUAAUCAUUCCUGUGUCACGAUAAAUUAUAACAAUCCGGUUAAUUUCACGGAACGGCAAGAGGAAGAAGAAGAAAAAUGCAGUAGCAAUAACGCAAAGAUUGGCAGCGAAAUAUCAUUGGUUUAGAAAGCUAAUUACUCAUUAAUUUUGAU